AUGUACGACAGUUUCACCACAUCAACUAAAAACGUCAGGUUUGAUGUUCGUCAUGUAAGAGGACGUUUAUUUUUUCAAGAUUUUAUCCUGCCGGUUUUGAAAACUCAGCGGUUAUUGGGAUUCGCGCCGUUUUAUAUCGAGCGAGGCAAAAUAGCGCAAGGUUACAAUCGGGCUACUACAUUAUAUGGAAUUUUGAGCUACACUAUUGUCAUAUUAUUCACAUUAACAACGCAACAUCAAAUCGUAACCAAAGAAAUCAGAACUGAAAACGUUAGUUUUAAUGCGGCACUUGUUGGGUACUUGAAGCUAUUAUCUUUAACUCAACAGCUCUUAGGUCCUUUGCCUUUCAUCGUACAAAAAAGCAAUUUCCAACGAUUCCUUACAAAAUGGAUGGAGGUACAAAAUGGCCGAGGAUAUACGAGCUUAAUAGAGGCUUAUCGUUUGCUGUGGAUGAACUUGUGCAACAUAACUAAUUAUUUCGCUUCAUCAAUCGGAGCCACUAUCACGGUUUGCUUGGUGUUUCACGUAUUGUACUUGAUUUUAGCUGCAUACAGAACGGUCACUUCGGUGCCGGAGCUUUUAAGGAAUUCCCAACCGUGGAGCAUACCGCCGAUUUUGAUUGAUUUACUUUUCCAUCUCGCGGUCAUAUUGUUUUUCUGUAACGUCGGCCAGAACGUAGUGAAAUACUGCACCAAUAACAUGCUAAAUACCAUCCUAGGUAUAAAAGAACAAUCGCAAUAUCGUAACUAUGACGAGGCACGAGUAAAUAUUUUCCUUUAUACAAUAAACGAGUACGAGCCGUUGGUGAGCGUUUGUGGAUUUUACGAAAUAAAUCGUUCGCUAUUCGGAGGAGUUGUAUCCAUCUUGCUCACUUACAUGAUCGUUAUAAUUCAACUAAAAGAUAGUAUUUGA